GUCAGCGUGUGCCACGCUGAGGCAGGUCGGCGUUGCAUAGCCUUGCGCCUGUCGCAGUUCUCGAGCUGGCCCACAGCAACUUCGACUGCGCACUAGAGGUCACGCCGAUUGGAGGUGUGACGCAACCGUCAUGUGAGCCUGAGGCUUGGACAGCCAGGGUCUAGCUAUUACUAUCAACUUUCGCCUGGCACCUAACAACAUUCUUGACAACAUAUUGCAACCAUGGGAAGACGUGACGACUCCCCACCACAAAGGCGUCCUGAGCCCAGCUACCGCUUCGAUAGCUACGAAGACGGCAAGCCAAAAUGGGCGCCUCAGACCCCAACAGAAGAUCCUAGGGACAACCGCGACCAUCGCGAUCGCGACGACCGACGAGAAUCACGGCGACACAGAGAGCGCUACGAAGAUGCACCUCCUCCACCAAAAGAGAGUCGCCCGCGCCCACGCAGAAGAAACUCCUCCGGAUCUGAUUCUGGUUCCGAUGGUCGCCCGGCCAAACCACCGCGGCGAAGCAACACACAGCGCGAUCGACGCCCACGGGAUCGCGAUCAGUACGACUCAUACGACGAGCACCCACGCCGAGACGACCGUCGUCGCGACAACCGUGGCUACGUGAGCGACGACAGGCACAAUCGACCUCGCAAAGAUUACGACGACCGGGAGCGCAGAGAUCGACGUCAUGAUGACCGCGACAGAAGCAGGGACCGGAGCAGAGACCGCUAUGAUGACAGGGAUCGCGACAGGCGACGAGAUGACAGAGACCGAAGGGACCGCUACAAAGACGAUCGCCGAGACGACCGCCAUCGCGACGACCGGCGAGAUGAGCGAAGGAAGUCUACACCCUACGACGCUCUCUUCUCCAUGCUGGCCAACUCGGGCUCGGGCAGCAGCUCUCGGCGCGACGACAGAGACCGACGAGACCGCUACGAUGAUCGCGACCAUGAUCGCAGGGACAGAGAUGUCAGAUCUGGGCAGCCCGAGUGGCAGAAGCAGGCUAUGAGCAUGUUCACAGCUUAUGCGUUGCCUAUGAUCAAGAAGGAAGGCACCAAGUACCUGCAAAAGCAGGCUGGCAACAUGAUGGGAGGGAAGAAGCGUUAGGAGCGCAGGAGCCGAACCUUGUGAUUGCAUGGCGUUGCGGCAUCUCAGCGUUUGGG